CCCAUUACGAUCAAAUGACUCAGUCGCUGUUGCUAUGAAUAAACAAUACAACGAUCGCGUAACACGCUUUCUUCAAUGGGCCACAAGUAUUGUACUCACGUCCUCAGUUACGUAUCGUCAGAUAUAUAACGCGGCUUCGCCCCAGGGUAUUCACAGUACUUCCUCGGACUGCACAUCCAACCCUAAGCAAACAGCCAUGAACACCAAGAUUGUAGUAUUCAUCUGCCUGGUGGGCGUUGCCACCGCUAGCGUAGUAGGACCAGUUCCGGUAGCACGAGUGGACCCCUUACCUCAAUACUCCUUCGGCUACGACGUCCAGGAUUCAUUAACUGGGGAUUACAAAGGACACCAGGAACACAGAAACGGAGAUCUCGUAACUGGCUCAUAUUCCGUCGUCGACCCAGACGGUACCAGGAGGAUUGUGGACUACGCUGCUGAUCCGUUGAACGGAUUCAACGCUGUUGUUCGCCGUGAGCCUCUAGUAGCUGCUGUUGCCGCCAAGGUUGUAGCUCCUGCGCCUGUUGUAGCCCCAGCGCCUGUACUCGCGCCUGCCCCAGUAGCACAUGCUCCAUUAUUUGCUCCUGCCCCUGCUCCACUAGUUGCCCGUGCGCCAGUAGUUGCCCCAGCUCAUUAUGCCACAGCACACUAUGCCCCAGCGCAUUAUGCCCCAGCGCAUUACGCCCCUGCGCAUUACGCCCCAGCUCCAGUAGUGAGGGCGCCUCUCUUCGCACCCGCCCCCGCACCUCUAUACGCCCCCAGAAUAGCCAGUCCUUACUGGUAGAUGAAUUAUUACAAUUUUCUUGUUGACUGCUUGUAUAUAAACCUAUUAUUGUUAAGGAUUUUUCUACUUAAAUGUUAUUUAUGUUAUUAAAAGAAUUGAAACAAA